AUGCUUCCUUGUCGCCGUCUUCUUCUUUCUGGUGCGAAUCAAGCUGCUAAUUUUCUCCGAAGAAUCUGCGGGAAAAAACCGUUCUUUGAUGGAAAUUUUGAUUCUGAUCCAGUAGUUGUGCUUGGAUUUGCUGGAUUUGUCUCGUUUCUUCAUUACAAUGACGAAAGAAGAGCGGUUCCUAAAGGUCUACCAAGCAGCAGUAGUGGUUGUGGCUGCGGUUCUAAUACAACCUUGAAAGGUCCAAUAAUCGGAGGUCCAUUCACGGUUAUAAGUACACAAAACAAGAUAGUCACUGAGCAAGACUUUCGUGGUAAAUGGGUUCUACUCUACUUUGGUUACUCGUUUUCCCCGGAUGUUGGACCCGAGCAAUUGAAGAUGAUGUCUAAAGCUGUUGAUAAACUAGAGUCGAUUGAUAACCAGAAGAUUCUCCCUGUCUUUGUCACUCUUGACCCUCAAAGAGACACACCUUGUCAUCUCAACGCGUACUUGAAAGAGUUUGACAGUAGGAUACUAGGACUAACCGGAAAUUCAAGUGCAAUGAAGCAAAUGGCGCAAGAGUAUCGUGUUUAUUUCAAGAAGUUUCAAGAAGACGGAGACGAUUACCUCGUUGAUACUUCUCACAACAUAUACUUGUUGAAUCCGAAGAUGGAGGUUGUGAGAUGCUUUGGGGUUGAGUAUAAUCCAGAUGAGCUCUCAAGAGAAGUUCUUAAAGAAGUUACUUCUGUUUCACAAUGA